AUGUCACAAAGUGAAGCCUCUCGAUGUUCGGACACCUACCCUUCAUCUAUCUUUGAGGAUAAUCCUCUAGAAAAUCUUUCAUAUCUUCCUUCUGACAGGGCGGCAUCUUUUACCCCCAAUGCUGUAUUUCAGCAGACAUCUACCCUUACGCCCGAUGGCGAUUUCGUUCGACCAUUAAUAGCGCCCCCUAUUCCACAGAUCCUAGAGCGCGUUGGGCCCACGACAAAGCAGAAGCCUUUUAUACUCUGGACCGAGGAGAUGAACGAUGAAUUCUGUGGGUGGUGGUUGGUGACAGAGUAUGGAAGUCAGAUGAAAAGGAAUAUUUUUGAGAAACGACGCCAAGGGGACUGUUGGAAGCACUUCCAUCAGGUUGCUACGGUUCAAGAUGGGUCUCCUAAGGUUAUGUGCAAAGUAUUUCAUGGCCCUCAACCAGAGAGCUUUACCCUCGAGGAGUUUGAUGAGAGUGUGGUUUCGCUAAUUACAGAGUUACGACUACCAUUUCAGUUUGUUGAACAUCCUCGGUUUCAUAAACUAGUCAAACUGGCUAGUCUCGCUCCAUCUCCGCCUCGGAUUUUGUCUGCGUAUCUAGUACGGCGGAAGAUUCAGGCGAAAGUGAUAGAACGCCAAAAGAGCCUUCUACAGAUGCUUCCGCCCGCCUUUAUGGCUAUUACCGGUUAUUUUAUUGAUACGGACUGGCACUACCGUGAAAUCUUGCUUGGCUUUGAGUCACUUCAUGGAAGCCAUAAAGGUGCCGACCUUAGUGUUGCUCUUUUGGAUCUUCUCAAAAAACAUCAGAUCGAAGAUCGGGUUUUAACGAUGACCACUGACAAUGCCUCAAAUAACACGACGCUCCAUGAUAGUAUCAAGGAAGCUCUUGACUCACUCGCGUUACCAGAUGGCACCCCUAUUGUUCGAAUUCCCUGUAUGGCACAUGUUAUCCAACUCAGUUUAACCGAGCUUCUUGGCAGGAUGGAAGCAGUCCCAAAGAAUGACCGAGAGGAAAUGGAAUGGACAGAAACUGAGACCCGGAGUGAAACUCAGGGGAGGAAUAAAGAUAUUGUGCUUACUCUCAAUAAGGUUCGGCGACUGGCAGUCUGGGUUAAUAGAAGCCCUCAGCGCAGAGAGCAAUUCCUCGAGCUCCAGUCUAAAGAGCCAAGGCUUGUCCUGAUACAGGAUGUCAAAACCCGCUGGAAUUCCACAUUUGUAAUGCUUCAGCGUGCCAAAAAACUACAGAAUAUCUGCGACAAGUAUUGUUCUGAGUGUGGCCUCUCUAGCCUUGUGCUUACUGAAGACGAAUGGAAGCAGAUUGACUAUCUUCUUUCUAUCACACAGCCCUUCUUCAACUUCACAACUGUCCUCUCAAAGACUAAGGAUGUCACUAUCCAUAUAGUCUUUAGUAUCUACAAUCAGCUCUUCGAUCAUCUCGAGAGGUCUGUAGACCAGCUUAGACGAAAGAAAGCAAGGUGGCAGAUAACAAUGCGGACUGCUCUCGAGUAUGCAAUACAGAAGCUAAGAGGCUAUUAUGCUGAGACCGACAAGGCUCAUGGUGAUCUCUAUGCGAUUGCGACUAUUAUGGCACCCCAGAACAAGCUUGAUUACUUCUCCGGGAAGGACUGGAAGGAGCCUUAUCGCAAACAAUACCGCGAGAGUCUUGACAAAUACCUUGAGCCAUACAAGCCGCGUCACUUAGAAACACAGCCAGCAUCACAUGGGGUUUCCUCUAUAGCGCAGUUCUCUGUAGUUGAUCAGAUGGGGGACAGACAGACUGCCCAGGGGUCUGAGAUUCACCGAGACGAUGAGCUUACACAAUAUCUUGGCAGCAGUACUCGCAAGAUUAACCCUUGUGUCUUUUGGAGAGGUAAUCAGUAUGAGUUCCCGAUUCUUGCGAGCCUUGCACGAGAUGUCCUUUCUGUUCCUGCAACUGGUUCUGGGGUCGAACGGCUAUUCAACACUGCGCGUGAUAUCUGUCACUACCGCCGAGGGUCUCUCAAACCGACCACUAUCCAGGAUCUUAUGAUGUAUUUAUGUACAUCCAGGUUCGACAUUGAAAGUGAGCAGCAUACAUUCAUAGAGGAGUACCUUACAGCGCAGGAGAUACAAACACUGAAGGAGAAAAAUAAGUCUGAAAGACUAGAUGAUAAUGUGUUUGAUCUGAUCAGUGAUACUGAAGAAGAUCCCUCAGCUAAGGCUCAACCAACGCAGGCUCCGAGCAGGGUUGCACUUGGUAAGAGACCCCUCAGAGAUAUCAGAGACACACCUCUGAUUGAACUCGGAGACGAGGAUGAUGAUGACCAAGUGGAUGAAAUUCCGCUACCUGAUAAUUCAAAUCUGCAGGAUGAAGGUGGUACCCAGAGGCGUACAUCAGGGCGUGUUCCAAAGCGUUCGAAGCGGGAUGAUGGUGAAUGGGAAUAUAUAAAGCCCUAG